GUUCUAUGUGCAAUAGGCAUUACGAUUUGCACUUCCGCUCAUGGAUGAUCGCGUUUUUCCGGUUGUAACAUAUAGCAGGCAACAUGGGCAAGCCCAGAGGUCUUCGCACGGCGCGUAAACAUGUGAAUCACAGACGGGAGCAGCGAUGGAACGAUAAGGACUACAAAAAGGCGCAUCUUGGAACCAGAUGGAAGGCUAAUCCCUUUGGUGGAGCUUCCCAUGCUAAAGGCAUUGUUCUAGAAAAAGUGGGAGUAGAAGCUAAGCAACCAAACUCUGCCAUUCGUAAGUGUGUCAGGGUACAACUUAUUAAGAAUGGCAAGAAGAUCACAGCCUUCGUACCGAGGGAUGGUUGCCUCAACAACAUCGAGGAAAAUGACGAAGUUCUAGUGGCAGGUUUCGGUCGUAAAGGUCAUGCCGUCGGUGAUAUUCCUGGAGUGCGCUUUAAAGUGGUGAAGGUGGCGAACGUUUCUCUGCUCGCUCUUUACAAAGAGAAGAAAGAACGUCCAAGAUCUUAAAUUAUCAACUUCCAACCAUCUAUGAAUGUAUAUAAAUAUGAACAUGAGUUGAAAUAAAGACGUUUUUUUGUAAUUCUAA